UUCCUUCCUUCCUCAUUUUACAACAACAAACAAAUUUUUCUCCUUACAGUCACAUUCUUCUCUCUACUUCUUUUGUCCUUCUCCGGUUCGUCCGCUUAUCCUUGCACCGGUUCCCUGCCGCUAGUCAUUAUCGAUUUGUUUUGCUUCUUCUGAUCUUUCUUCUCUUCCUUUUUACAUUUUUUUGUUGUAAUUCUUUCAAUUCUUUUUUUAUUUUUUUCAUCCUGAAACCCAAAAAAAUCUUUUUUUUUAUUCACCUUUUCCCGCUAUCCUUUUUUGGUUAUUCAUCAUUUGUGAGAAGGCUUUUUUAGGCAUUAAAUGACAAACCAAAAAAAAGCUAAAAAAAUAUUAGCUAAAAACAAAAUUUAAUUUUUUUAAUUUUUUAGAAAAAAAUAAAUGUCAAUAUUGAUGAACUCAGAAUUAGUACAACGAUUAACUACACAAUUACUUGAUCCAAAAUGUGUUCUCAACUUGGAUGGAUUGUUGGAUUGUGUAAUAGCUUUGUUUUAUGAUUGCAAUUACCCCGUCUUAAAAAGAACGCAAAAAACAAUUGAAACAUUUUUGGACAGAAAUGAGCACCUUGUAAAAUCUUUAAUUGAUUGCCGAAUCAGCAAUAUUAAUUUUCGUAUUAUUAAAGUAAUUGGGAGAGGUGCAUUUGGGGAAGUUCAACUUGUUCGAAAUAUUCAAAAUAACCAAGUUUAUGCAAUGAAAAUGCUCGACAAAGACAAAAUGUACAUGGUUAUGGAAUUUAUGCCCGGUGGAGACAUGGUAAAUUUAAUGGCCAACCACGACAUUCCUGAAGAUUGGGCACAAUUUUACACAGCAGAAUUAGUUUUGGCAUUGGAUGCAAUUCAUUCACUUGGAUAUAUUCAUAGAGAUGUCAAACCAGAUAAUAUGCUUAUUUCUGCUGAUGGACAUAUUAAACUUGCAGAUUUUGGAACUUGUAUUAGGAUGAAUAAGGUGAACAUUUUUUGA